UCUAUCUAUAUAUAUAUAUAUAUAUGAAACACAUCCAUGUAUAACCAACAUAUAAACACCUACUAAGAUCUCUCUCUCUCUCUCUCUCUCUACAUAUACAUAUACAUAUACAUAUAUAACUAUCUCUUCUUGGUUCAUCGCAACUUCAUCUUAAAGUACUGGUAAAACAUUUUCGAAACAAUUUAAGAGGCCCUCAUGGCGAAAUUCGAACCCACAAGCACCUGGGAGCACACGGACAAAGUCGACACCCUCCGCGUCGUUGUUCCAGGGUUCAAGAGGGAGCACCUGAAGGUGCAGGUGGACAGCUCCAGGAACCUGCGGGUAAGCGGGCAGGCCGGCGACGGGCGGCAACCGUUCUCGAAGGAUUUCCGCGUCCCGGACGGCUGCAACCUCGGCGGUAUCCGUGCCAAGUUCGACAGCGACACCGAGACGCUAGUCAUAACACUUCCAAAGGUUGAGAAGGCCGCCGCCGCCGGCGGUUCUGCGGACAAAGCGGAACCGCAGAAGGCCGGGCAACAGAAGUUGACAGAGCCGCCACAGCUGAUGCCGGCUGCGGAUAAAGGUGCUGCUGCGAGCGACGGUGGUGCGGCGGCGGGGGCGGGGGCGGGGCCGGGGCCGGAGCGGCGGCUGGGAAUGAGGGCUCCAGGAAGGGCCAUGUUGGUGUACACAGUUGUGGGGGUGUUGGUGCUUGUUUUGGCAGGGGUUUGUUUCUACUUGAGCUAUGAACUGAGAAAGGCCACCACUGCAGGUGAGAAGAAGAUUGUAAUGGGAGUACCUGAGUGAACUUGCCCUGUGCUGUCAGAAUAAGUGCUUUCAGAAUAAGCCCAAAAGUGUUGCUGCAGAGUAAUAUCUGAGUAUAAACGUACAGAACUGUGCAACAAGUUUAUUCAUGUGUGAUUGGGAUUGAUUUUA